AUGAAUACAAUCUCCAGUAAGUUCACCCAUACCAACAACAACAAUAUAUUCAAUGAAAUAAAUUCAAUUCAUCAAGGAAUUGCCGCUAAGCCAAACCUCAGCUUAGCACCUUCAAUUGAAGUACCCCAAAUCUCACAACCAACCGAUUUCUUACGAGCACAUACCGAUGAUGCCUCAAACCCAGAUUGUAAAAUCAAGAUUGCUCAUGGUACCACUACAUUAGCAUUCCGUUUCCAAGGAGGGAUUGUAGUUGCUGUAGAUUCCCGUGCUACUGCUGGGAAUUGGAUUGCCUCUCAGACUGUUAAUAAAGUUAUCAGAAUCAAUCCAUUUUUAUUAGGUACUAUGGCCGGUGGUGCUGCUGAUUGUCAAUUCUGGGAAACUUGGUUAGGUACACAAUGUAGAUUACAUGAACUUAGAGAAAAGGAAAGAAUUUCAGUUGCUGCUGCUUCGAAAAUCUUGAGUAAUUUGGUUUAUGAAUAUAAAGGGAUGGGAUUAAGUAUGGGUACUAUGGUUUGUGGUCAUACUAAGAAAGAAGGUCCAACUAUCUAUUAUGUUGAUUCUGAUGGUACUAGAUUAAAGGGUGAUAUAUUCUGUGUCGGUUCCGGUCAAACAUUUGCUUAUGGGGUAUUGGAUUCCGAAUAUAAAUGGGAUUUAACUGUUGAAGAAGCAUUAUAUUUAGGUAAGAGAAGUAUAUUGGCAGCCACUCAUAGAGAUGCUUAUUCUGGUGGUUCAAUCAAUUUGUAUCAUAUUAAUGAAGAUGGUUGGACUUACCACGGUAAUCAUAAUGUUGGUGAUAUCUUUUGGGAUAUUAAGGAACAAGAGAAAUCAUUUUCCAAUGUUGAUGUAUAG